AUGACCGUUAAAAAAUUCGUGCUAUUCUUCCUUGUGUGUCUCAUUUUCGCAACAAUACGCAUACAAUACUCGUCUGCCGCAAAACCACUGCUAUUAGAACGUAAAUUACACAAGCUUAAUGAACAAGUUCGGAAACAUGACGGUUUUGUAGAACUGGAUUCUGACUUGUUUGAUGAGUUCCUCGCCAAACCGCGAAACUACUCGUUUGUUGUUCUGUUGACUGCACUUGAUUCUUCUAUAAAUUGUCAUCCAUGCAGAGAAUUUGAUCCAGAAUUUCGACUUGUAGCUAAGAGUUGGCAAAAAACAGAUAAUCCUUCGCGAUUGUUUUUCGGAAUUUUGGAUUACAAGAAUGGUAGAGAAAUUUAUAAUAAGCUCAAGCAAAAUACCGCACCCUCCCUUUGGUACUAUCCAGCUCUAGAAGGACCUUUUGCCAAAGAUGUUUCAGAACCUGAUAAAUAUGAUUUUUCUUCAAAAGGAUUUAGAGCAGAAGAAUUUGCAUCAUACUUAUCAAGUCAUCUAGGAGUUCAAGUACCAGUAAAACGUCCACCAAACUAUUUCAUGCUUAUGCUUAGUGUAUUCUUUUUAACGGGCGCUUUGGCUGCGAUAAAGUUGCUUUUCCCAUUAGUGAGAGGUAUAUUCGAGAGUAAGAAUACUUGGGCUGCAAUUUCUUUGGUUAUUAUUCUUAUGAUGAUUUCAGGGCAUAUGUGGAAUCAUAUUCGAACACCACCUUACGUGACUUCAAAUGGUGGCCAUAUUAAUUAUAUCGCUGGCGGAUUUCAGAACCAAUAUGGAUUAGAGAGUCAGAUUGUUGCUAUUAUGUAUGGAACUUGCGCAUUUUCUAUCGUCUCCUUGACUGUUGCAGUUCCAAAAAUGGAGGAUAGGAUGAAACAACGGUUUGCUUUGGAUGGGAAUCCUAGUGGCAAUGUUCAGCCUCAUAUUCGCGUUGUUUAG